AUGGAUCGCUGCAUCCUUGCUGCUGCCGCUGGUCUCCUGAUAGCCGGCGUCGGUGCCAGCUUCGACUCCACCUGCAUCGCCCGUGGCCUGCCCCAUGUCAUGGCCGGCAGCAACCCCAGCGUCAUGGCCGGCGUGAACGCCACCGAUGUGUGCGGCCCGUUCGGCUGUGGCAGUCACGGGUCAAGCUUCGCCAUCACAGAAGCCUCCACAUUCAUCCCUGCCAGUGAGCAGGGCUACAUUGUCGAGAACCUGUGCAUGGAUGGCAACGGAUGCCGCGACGGGGACUCCGUCGGAACCGUCUACCAUGGCUUCCUGAGGCAAGGUAUCACCGUGACCUUCUCUGUCACCGAGGGAAACCAAGCAGGGAUCAGCUCUGCCGGACUCGGCAAUGCCUCCAUCACCAUCGAUGACACCCGCGGCAAUGAGCUCCACUUCGGUAGCAGCAAGUGCUUCAUCCCCGAAGGUGGCCCUUACGUCUGCCAUAUCCCGUGGAAGGACCUGGCUCCUCUCUUGGAUAGCCGGUGUGACGAGGAGGGCUCCAACCCGGUCAUCAACAUUGCCAAGUCUUCCGUCGUCGGUGACAAGAAGGGCACCGGGGCCAUCCGCCUCUUCAGCGCCACACAGAACAAGCAUACGGGCCCCAGGGCGCUCGCCCGCCGCGACGUGAACCUCCUCGGUGAGUUCUUGGCGAAGAAGCUGGCCAGGAUCAAGCCGAGCCCCCCCGCCGAGCCCCCGGAGGCGCCACCAGAGGCACCCCCAGCGGCGCCCCCAGCUCCCAAGCCGGCCACCCACAGGAAGGGUUCCCACAAGAAGAGCAGCCACRAGRAGSCYGCCCCCGWSGAGCCYGCCCCYRAGGAGCCCGCCCCCAAGRAGCCCRCYYCCAAGUCCAAGCAUGAGCAUAGACACAAGCACAAGGAGUUCAAGGCACCUGCCAAGGCACCUGCAAAGGCCCCCGAGCCUAAGGCUCCCGCCAAGGCGCCCACCAAGACGCCUGCCAAGGCCCCCGAGUACAAGCCGGAGCCUGACUGCGAAGACGCUCCCAGCCCUUCCAAGCCGGAAUGCUCCGACAAGCCUGCCAAGAUGACGAAGAAGGAAAAGAGUCGCCAGAAGAAGGCCAACAAGGAGGCCAAGGAAGCCGAGAAGUACUACAGGAAGGAGCACAAGAAGGAGAUCAAGGAGGCCGAGAAGCAGGCCGACAAGGCCGAAAAGAAGAGCUACAAGAAGGCAAAGAAGAGGUGCAAGAAGAGCUGCAAACACAAGUGCGUCCUCUGCAUGGAGGGCGAGAAGCCUGAGGAGCCUGCCCCCGAACCCGCACCUGAGUACCCCGAAUACCCCGAGUACCCCGAGUACCCCGAGUACCCCGAGGAGCCCGACGAGGAGGAGCCUGCGCCCAAGUACAACCCGUACAAGAAGCAUAGGAAGCCCUACUCUUCUUAG